CGGAUGACGGACAUAAAUAAAUAAACAACAAUCACAACUUUGUCAGUUUGUCUACUUUUACUCUUUUCUUGUGCUGUGUGUAAUCAAUCGUCAGUUCAACGAAGAAAAGUGAAUUUUCUUUCUAUUCUACGUGUUAACUAUAAUGUCAACAAACUUAUCAAUAGUCUUAAAGAGAGCGAGUAAAGUUUAUCAUGAGGGCGAGACGAUUGCUGGCGUGGCCGUGGUAGAGAGCAGCGGCGAUGUGCGGCACGAAGGUCUAACAUUGCUGGUGGAGGGAUGCGUCAAUUUGCAGCUCAGCACUAAGAAUGUCGGGAUCUUUGAAGCCUUCUCAAACAGUAUAAAGCCUCUAAAUUUAUUAUACACAACAAUAGAGCUUGCACCACCAGGGAAAAUUCCCGUAGGCACCACUGAGAUCCCAUUUGAGAUCCCCUUGCGGGCUCGCCAGGCUGUGUCUCCGGGGUAUCCGGGGCUGUUGGAGACGUACCAUGGAGUGUUUGUGAACGUCAUGUACACUAUCAAGUGCAGUAUGAAACGGUCUUUCUUGAAUAAGCCACUUAAUGCCAGUUGUCAGUUCUUUGUACAAUACAGACAGCAAGAAGCUCCACCGCUGAAGCCAGUACGCUGCGAGAUCAACCCGGCCACCAUCCGAGCGUCGGCCACCGCCACCAGCGCGGGUCGCGUCGCGAUGCCGCAGUUCCAGGUCUAUGCAGAGAUCUGUUCUACAGUGUGCCCACUGGACCAACCAAUCACUGGCAAGAUUCGUGUGGACGAAUGCAGUGUUCCAAUCAAGUCCAUUGAGUUGCAGCUGGUGCGUGUUGAGACAUGCGGCUGCGCAGAGGGGUACUCCCGGGACGCGACCGAGAUCCAGAACAUCCAGAUCGGGGACGGCGACGUGCGGCGCGGGCGCGACGUGCCGCUGCACAUGGUGCUGCCGCGGCUGUUCACGUGCCCCACCACCACCACGCUCAACUUCAAGAUAGAGUUCGAGUUGAACAUUGCUGUGAUAUUCGAAGACGACUACCUUGUCACUGAAAACUUUCCAAUACUGCUGUUGAGAAGCAAAUCUAUUUAAGAUUUUUAAAAUUAAUUUAGUAAAUUAUGUGUAAAUAUAUUAUUAUGUACGUAUUAUUAAAGUUAAUGCCAAAUA